CUUGUACUUCAUAAGUGGGAGUGAGUAAGAUGAUAGGCUAUUACACCAAUAUGUACCCCUUGAUAAGUCUGCAAGCGCGGCGUAGGACCUACAAUGUCCCGUUAUAGCGGCAUCCUACAUAACUAACUAGUUAGUAUAAUAAGCGUCAGUAGGAGCCGAGACGAGAAUGGUCAUUCCAGACUGGCGGUUAUGUGCUUGUUUAUAAAAAAAAAGAAAAGAAAAAAGAGGCUGUCUCUUUUUUUUGUUAAUCUACUAACCGCCCUUGCUGCUCUAACUGGUAAUGUGACUGCCGGUAGACUUCAGGGCCGAAUGUCUAUCUUUGUCGAAUGUGUUCUAGAAGAUCGGUUAGAUGUUUGUCUAUCUCUGUCUCUGUCUAUCUGUCCAGGGGGGGGUUGUCGGUUGGGGAAGUUGGGACGUAAUUUGGGAUAUCAAAGUCCCAUUUUUAGAAGAGCGAGAGUCGCUUAAAGGGUGGCUACAUCAGCUGUUGAUAAGCCUUAAGCCUUAAAAGCUUCAAAUGUUUAACUAAGCCUUAUC